AUGGCUACAACCACUCCACAAUCGCCAGGGCAAGAGCAAGUCCAGCCACUCGCCCCGGCCGUUUCCGGGCACAGCCACCGCGCGGACGACGUCGAAAACGGCGGCGCCCGGGCGCCGCCGGACAGCAAGGCCGGAAAGAAACGCAAGUGCAUCAAGUGUUGCGCGUGUUGCAGCGUGGUGACUCUGAUUAUAAUUCUGGUGAUUCUGAUAUUAGCGUUCACGGUUUUCCGCGUAAAGGAUCCUACGGUGAGGAUGGACUCGAUCCAGAUCGAGGGUCUAAGCUCUCUCACGACGAGGAACCUCAACCCCAACGUGAACCUCACGCUCUUCGCCGGCGUGUCGGUGAAAAACCCGAACGCCGCGUCGUUCAGGUUUGAUGAGGCCACGAUGAGUUUGUUGUACGAUGGGAGAGUGGUGGGUGAAGCGCAGGUUCCGCCGGGGAACGCGCGGGCGAGGCGGACGUUGAAGAUAAACGCGACGGUUAUCGUUAUGGUGCAGAAUUUAAUGGGCGUGCCGCGGCUGGGCAGUGAUUUGAUCGCCGGGGAACUGCCGGUGGGUAUCACUACUAGGAUUCAUGGGAGAGCGAAGGUUUUGGGGAUCAUAAAGAAGAGCGCUACGGUGAGAUUGAACUGUACGAUGUCGUUCGACCUGUCCAGCCAGGGAAUUGAGAAUCUUGAUUGCGAUAGAAAGGUGUCUCUGUAG